GCGCUCUGCUGUGCAUCGCCGAGGUCGUCAGCACGCUCAAGGCCCGCGCCAUCCCUCAGUUACCCAGGUUGAUGCCUGCCGUGCUGCACACGCUGGCCAACAGGAAGGAGCUGCUGACCAAUGAGAUUUACCUGCUGAGUGCCGUCACAGCCCUCCAGAGAGUCACAGAGACGCUGCCGCACUUCAUCAGCCCGUACCUGCAGGACGCCACGUCACAGGUUUGUCGUCUGACCCGUCUGGUGGACUCCUCUUCCUCAUCCUCCUCUUCGUCCGUCCAGCUCUCGGUGCGUCUCUCGUCCCUCAGGACCAUCCUGGCCACCCAGCUGCCCCCCAGGGUCCUGCUGCCCAACCUGUCCAGUUGCUACAGUAACAUGGUCGUUGAUAACAAGGCUCAGCUGGGGGCGCUAUUGAGCAUCCUGAGGGAACACAUCACUCACAUGGAGAAAGAGCAGCUCAGCUUCCACCAAUCAGAACUCACCGCCUUCUUCCUCACGGCCCUCGACUUCCGCAACAAACACUGUCAGGGUGAUCUCGAGAAGACGUCGCAUAUUGAGGGCUGUGUGAUCGACUGUCUGAUCGCCAUGGUGAUGAAACUGUCUGAGGUCACAUUCAGACCGCUCUUCUUCAAGCUCUUUGAUUGGAGUAAGUCCGACAGCGAGGAGCGUCUGUUGACGUUCUACCGACUCUGCGACAGCAUCGCCGAGCGACUCAAAGGACUCUUCGUCCUGUUCGCAGGAAACUUAGUGAAACCGUUUUCAGACCUUCUCCGAAAAACCAACCGCUCGCAGACAGACGAGCCGCUCUUUGACUCUGAAGGCGGCGACGUGAAGAACAGUCUGCUGCUUCAGUACGUCCUCGACUGUCUACAGAAGAUCUUCCUGUACGACACUCAGUGUUUCCUCAGUAAAGAGCGAGCCGACGCCCUCAUGAAGCCACUGGUUGACCAGUUGGAGAACACAGUGGGGGGUCAGCAGCUUUAUCAGCAGAUGAUGACUCAGCACUUUGUUCCAUGUGUUGGUCACUUCUCUGUUGCUCUGGCCGACGACUCUCAGUGGAAAACCCUCAACUAUCAGAUUCUACUGAAGACGAGACACAGCGACGCCAAGGUCCGGUUCUCGUCUCUGCUCGUUCUCUUGGAGUUGACAUCGAAGCUGAAAGAAAACUACAUGGUUCUGCUGCCAGAGACCAUCCCCUUCCUGGCUGAACUGAUGGAGGAUGAGUGUGAGGAGGUGGAGCAGCAGGUUCAGAAGGUCGUUCAGGAGAUGGAGAACAUCCUGGGGGAGCCGCUUCAGAGCUACUUCUAACACACACACACACACGUCAUGGAGUCGUUUGUCAGAUUAAAAUUUUCUUGCUGAUUUUUUUUACAUCAAUUUAAAAAUAUCAUUCGACGACUCCUCUCCGUCACCGUUUAGUCAAGGAACUCGAGAUGAUGUGAUCGACUGAAAUAAACCUGAACGUUUUUCAUCAUGUCAUGAUUUUA